AUGCGUGCAUUCAUCGUAUUGUCCUUGAUAGCUGUGGCAUGUGCCCAGUACAAUUAUCAACCAACAAUUACCUCGGGUACCGGUACUGUGGUUAGUGUUAGUGGUGGUGGUGGUGGCUUGAUUGCACCAUCAGUUCAGGUACCCACGGCUGUUGCUCCCGAAAUCGAAAAGGAAUUCAUCACCUAUACCGUCAACGACAAUGAAUUCAACGAAGGUGUUGAUGCCCAACAAGCUGCCAAUAACUUGAAGAAGAGUGUUCGUGUUAUUUUCAUUAAGGGUCCCGAAAACAAGGGUAUUGAAGAUGCUGCCUUGGCUUUGGCCAAACAAGCUGCCCAACAAGAAACCGCCAUCUAUGUUCUCAACAAACAAGCCGAUCUUUCCAGUUUGGCCAACAAACUUAACACUAUCAACUCUGGUAACAACAACAAACCCCAAGUUCAUUUUGUCAAGUACCGCACCGCUGAAGAUGCCCUCAAUGCCCAACGUGCCAUUCAAGAUCAGUACAAUGGUUUGGGUGGUAAUACUAGAACUAUUAAUGGUGGUGUUGCUCCAGUCUUGAACUUUGCUUCUCAAGUGUCUGUUGUCACUUCUGGAUCAAACAACUAUGGUACUGCAACAUCCAACAGCUACAUCCCUCCAGCUGUUUCUAAACCCUCAACGAGCUACAUUCCCCCAGCUCCAGUGGCUCCUGCUACUCCUGAGAAAACCUAUAUCCCACCAACUCCUGCCACUACCCCACCAAAAACCUAUGUUCCACCAGCACCCACUACCACCUAUAUUCCCCCAGCUACCUCGGAACCCUCCAACACCUAUAUUCCACCACCAAUUCCAGUUGAUGAACCUAGCACCAAUUAUUUGCCUGCUUCUCUUCUUAGUCUAUUCCGCCAUUAA